AUGGUCGCUACGACCGAGACGUUGCAAGAUGGUGGUAGCAUACAUCAACGCAUUCAAAUGUCGGCGAUGACAGAGCUGAAAGAAUUUAGUGGCAAGCAUCGAGAUGAAGAUCGGGCCAGAAGCUGGAUCAGCAAUGUCAAAUCGGCUUUCUUGCGCGAUCAAGCACCCGAUGAGGAGAAGUGUUUGGUGCUCGGAUAUCUGCUGGUAGGACCCGCUCUAAACUGGUAUAACCAAUUAGGUCGAUCCACACGAAAGAAGUGGAAGAGUUUGCUGGAUGAGUUUAUGGUACAGUAUGGAGGGCAAGGUGUGUCUCUGGCCAGACAAUACUAUCUCGCACGGAAACGAUCGGAUAAAAAUCUACAGGAGUAUCUACACCGCCUUGAUGUCGCGGCUAAGCAUGCCAAGAUCGCGAUCAGAGACGAGAGAAUGGCCACAUCGGACAUACGUCGUGAACAUGUGGAACAAUUCAUUUUCACGUUGGACGAUCGCAAUCUGGCCAAGCAGCUGACCCUACUACGAUUGGACAAUGUCAAUGGUUUGGAUGAGACGUUACGUGCACGCCAAAGGAUGGAGAGUCGCCAGUUAAAGACAUCGACAGGAUCGAACAAGUUCCACCAGCGAGCGAUUGCUUCCCCAAAUCCUACGUCUUUCAAGACUGCUCGGGCGGUGAGGGCAAUUUGGGAGCGGAUCGGAAUCGGACUUGAUUGGAUCGGAUGA